AUGAUGAGGGAAAUGAUGCAGAAGUUCUCAGAUGGGCGAUCCGCCUACGCCACCGAACAUUUGGAUCUUGUAUCGAGAACCACUGAAAGAUCGCCUUUCUCGGAAUGGAUUCUGAAUGAGCCAAAGCCUCGGGACUUCAUCAUCCCUUCCCUGCCUGCAUUCAAUGGAAAGGGAGACCCGCUAAACCACCUAUUUCAAUUUCAACAAAAGAUGGCGUUAGAAGCUAAUAACGAAGCCAUACAAUGCAAAGUCUUUUCAACAACUUUCUCCGGGCCGGCUUUAUUAUGGUUCCAACAAUUAAAGGCCGGAUCACUCAACAGUUUUAGUGAUCUCCGACGGUCCUUCUUACAGCAGUACAGUGCGAACCGAGAGGCUCCCAGAACAAUGGCCGAUCUCUAUCGAAUUGAACAAGGGGAGAAUGAACAUCCAAAGGCAUACUUACAGCGUUUCAUUGACCUCGUGCAUCAAAUCCACGACGUCGACCCACUCACCGCAGCAAAUCUCUUCGUCAAAAGCUUGCAUGUGGGGUCACUCUUGCAUGAGAAUCUCACUAUGACACCACCAUACGACAUGGCAGACGUGCAGACCCGAGCCGAGGGCGUCUUCAGGGUAUUAGAAUUUCGAGAGCGCGCACAGAAGAAGACUGCACUCAUCUCUGCUCCCCCAGCGAAUAAUCCUCCACCACCUGCCAGGGAUGACAAGAGGAAGCGGAACCAAAUAGAUCAUACGAAGGAAGGAAAAAGGACAGGAUCAACAUCCAUCGUGGUACCCAUCCUUCGAAUACACCGUCCCGCAAGAAGUCAUUUAUGA